CUCUCUUCCACUGUCUAUCUCACUCUUGGUGGUCUCAGUCUGCUGAGCGCUCUGUCGCCGUGACGCACUCUUCGCCCGGGUUGGCCACCAACACUUUUGCUCUUUUGCUCACGCAAUUCUUGCAAAGAAAUAUCUGUUCCUGUUGAGAAUAACCUGUGAGACUUCAACCGAGGGCUGUGAGUGGGUGCGUAAACGCCGGCUUGUGCACGACCGAGAGGCGCAGGUGGAUGGAUGGAUUGCUGGAUGGAUGGAUGGAUGGAUCUCAAUGAUGGAUUUGAUAUGAGGAGGACCUUAUCUUUCCAGAAAUGUCUCCCUUCAGCUGAGACUUGACGACUUCCUCGUACGCCCACCAACUUCAGCAGCUAUGGCGCUGGAUCAAUGGUCCUUCCUCUCAUCUCCGCCCAACAUGACCAUCCCCGAACCCCUGCUGUACGAGAGCUUCCUCCAGGGCAACGAGUCCGGCCUGGACUUGAACCUGACAGGCGAGACAAGGGAACCCCACCAGGACAAGACCAGCUCGGUCGUCAUCACCUUCAUCUACUUUGUCGUUUGCGGCGUGGGGCUCUGCGGCAACGCCCUGGUCAUCUACGUCAUCCUGCGCUACGCCAAAAUGAAGACGGUGACCAACAUAUACAUCCUCAACCUGGCGGUGGCAGACGUGCUGUGCAUGAUGAGCCUGCCGUUCAUCGCCUUGCAGCUGGCGCUGGUGCAUUGGCCCUUUGGCGAGGUGCUGUGCAGGGUGAUCAUGACUGUGGAUUCGCUCAAUCAGUUCACCAGCAUCUUUUGCCUCAUGGUAAUGAGCAUCGAUCGAUACUUGGCCGUGGUUCACCCCAUUAGGUCGACAAAAUGGCGGAAGCCCCACGUAGCCAAGUUCAUCAACCUGACAGUGUGGGGUGUGUCGCUGUUAGUCAUCCUACCUACGAUGAUUUUCAGCGGCCUGGACAAGGUGCCGGUAUGCAGCAUCAUUUGGCCCGAGCCCCAGGAUGUCUAUUACACCGCCUUCAUAUUUUACACCUUCUUCAUUGGAUUCUUCCUACCCCUGGCUGUCAUCUGCAUGUGCUACCUGCUAAUCAUAGUCAAGGUGAAAUCUUCAGGCAUGCGCGUGUGUUCGACCAAGCGCAAGCGUUCCGAGCGCAAGGUGACGCGGAUGGUUUCCAUCGUGGUCGCCGUCUUUGUCCUCUGCUGGCUGCCCUUCUACGUUUUCAACGUCACGUCGGUCACCAGCUCCAUCAACCCCACGUCUGCCGUCAAGAGCACCUUUGAUUUCGUGGUGGUGCUGGGCUACGCCAACAGCUGCGCCAACCCCAUCCUCUACGCCUUCCUGUCGGACAACUUCAAGAAGAGUUUCCAGAAGGUUCUGUGCCUAAAAAUGGUGACGGGCCUGGAUGAGAUGGAGCGGAGCGACAGCAGGGCGGACAGGAGCCGGAUGGUUAACAACGCCUUGAUCAUCAACGCCAACUUGGAGGCUCACAACACGGCGUUGCUCAACGGCGAGCUGCAAACCAGCAUUUGAGUGCCGAGGUCCAGAAGAGGAACCGCUUGAGAUGGUCACUACUGCAGGGGGGUGAUGUAAUAGCUGACCCUCUGGACUUGGGGCACAUGAAAUGACGGAAAUCUAAACAAUUUCCCAACAGAGGCCAGAGAAGGUACACUGAACCCAGCUCAUGACUGUUUAAGCAGAUGAGGCAACUUGAUCCGGUUGACCCCCGAGCGCAGAAUAACACACAGCAAGCCUGUUGACUGACAUCAAACAUUAGUUGCACCGACGCUUACGUCAUUAACGCAGUGCCAGAGUGGAAACUAGACCCAGUCAGGCUUGUAUUGGAGAGUUGGUCUCCGAAUGUGCUGAUAGACGGGCGGCUAAACCCUAAUGGUGUGUGGGUGUGUGUGUGUGUGUGUGUGUGUGUGUGUGUGUGUGUGUGUGUGUGUGUGUGGGAGGGGAGAUGUUUGGAAUCCCAAAGUCAUUAGGCGCUGUUUUCAUUAAACGGGAGACGUGCUGAGAAAGCCAAACUUUUCAGUGGAAGACAGCCAGCGACUCUCAAAAGAUAAACCUGAGAACCACAAAAAAAAACAAAUAAAAAAGGUUUGAUGGUAAUGAUCUGUUUAGAAGAGCAGCAGAGUAACAAAUGGCAAACUACUCACGUGUUUAUUUCCCAACAAUAAAAGACAUUGGCGGCUGGCCGGGCGAUGCCGCACUGAUCCGUAAAUUCUUCAAUGGCCGGGUGGCGAAACAAAUUGGCAGCGGCGACGACGCCGCUUGAUUGAAAACAGUUUGGUCGUGUAAAUAGGGAACAAGCUUUCCGCUAACCUGGCACAUGUGCAAACACGCAGGUUGGCCGACUGCAAGGGUCAGCAAACUUGUUGAUUGUUUUUAGGAACCUCUCACUAUGUCUUUUUUUCCGGAACCCUUGCCACUGUACAAGUUUAUCAUCCGUAUCCAUAUUGUUAAUAGGUGAUAAUUUGUCUAAAACAAGGUCGCCACUCUUGGCAUGCCAUCAUAGUCAAUGUGACCAUGAGUCUCCUUUAAGAUAAACAUUUUACACUGCAAGACACUGUAGUUUUCAUGAAGAUGAUUUUAAUCUACAUGUAAAACCCUUCCUUGUGGCCCAGUUAAUAUAUAUUAGAUAUGCUUUGGUCUGUAAAUUGCGUAAAUUUUGCUCCACAGCUGCAGUUACAAGCCGUUUUGUCUGCAAGGUGUUCAGGAGGCCUUUCUCAGACUGCAAACCAAGCUCCUCUCCAGAACUAUCUUAAUGUAUCUUUUUUUUUUUUUUUUUUAAUCCAACAAAAAUAUACACAAUAAUACCAUAAUAAUACAACUCCAAUUCCAAAACCAAACCCAGCAACAUUCAGAAUAGCAAUCAACAGAGCAAUUGAGGACAAACACAAAACAAUCCAAAAGAAGUCCAACAUAAAUGAAUAGUAUCAACAACAGUAUCAAUAUUAAUAAGAAAUCCAACAUAGCAGUGAUUUGAAAUCCCUCUUUGACAUUAUCUUCACAGCCAUUUAUUUAAAAACAUUAAAACAUUAAAAAAAUGAACAAUAGUGUCACAGUGGUUUACACGUCCAUCAUAUCUCAUAAGCUUGACAACACAUUGUGUCUAAUAUUUGACACUUGUUGAUUGAUUGAAACUUUUAUUAAUAGAUUGCACAGUACAGUACAUAUUCCGUACAAUUGACCACAAAAUGGUAAGACCCGGAUACAUUUUUCAACUUGUUAAAGUCGGGGUCCACGUUAAUCAAUUCAUGGUAAACACAUAAUUUAUCAUUUGAAAAUGUACCUUGUUUAAAUAUAUAUUUUGAAAUUGUAUUAUUUUUCCAUACAUGGUCAAAAAUAAACUUCAGAAACAUAUCGAUUCACCCGGUCACAACACCUGCACACUCGCCUAUCGAUUCAGAGCGCAGAGUAGCAGCAUUUUCGUCACUCAUGUCGCACGUCUGUGUUAUUGUGCACAUGUCAAGAUUGUAUAAAAACAAAUACUUCAUCUUACCUUAUUUUGUGUUUCCCCCCAUCCUGAAGCAGCUCUGGCUGAGACCUUGACUUCAUGUCCAAAUAAAUUGUGACGUCACAACAUAGCCGGACUGCAAAACCCCGCCAACAGAGGCAUCCAAAAACAGGCUUACGCCAAAAUGCAAGAACCUUACGAUUUAACACGUUGACAUUGUUUCACACAAGUAUCCAACAACAUUUAAACAAGACGAAAUGCAUCAUAGUUCCUCUUUAACUGUGUUGCUGUAGAAUUUGGUUAGAUUAGAAAACAAGGACACACAAUCUGCCUCCUUAUUUAUGCACAAAAAUAUUUGUACAGUUGCCUGAUCAUAUUGUAUAUCAUUUCCUCAUUAUUGCGUCUCCAAAUUUAAAUGUAUUCAACACAAGGAUGUCAAACUUGCUAUCAUUGAGGUCCACAUCAGAGUUAUAGCCGCUUGUA